AAAGCAUCACACACUGAACUCUUGUACGUACUCAUUCUGUGAAUUAUACCAUGCAACAAUUUUUUUAAAAUAAAAACUCGUUAUUUCUUUUAGUCAACCACCUUGGUUGUUAUCGACGACGAAAGUAACAUCUGAGGUUGGAAACAAACAUGGCAUCGACAGCGGUGGAAGAACCUGUAACAUGGGGAGAUGGAGAGGAAGGCUUGGGGGAGGAGGUCCUCCGAAUGUCAACAGAUGAACUCGUUAGUAGGACGAGGCUUUUGGAUAAUGAAAUAAAAAUAAUGAAGAGUGAAGUGAUGAGGAUAUCUCAUGAACUUCAAGCACAAAACGAAAAAAUUAAAGAAAAUACUGAGAAAAUAAAAGUUAACAAAACACUUCCCUACCUUGUAUCAAAUGUUAUAGAGCUGUUAGAUGUUGAUCCUCAGGAUCAGGGGGAAGAAGAUGGGGCAGUUGUUGACCUUGAUUCACAGAGGAAAGGAAAAUGUGCUGUAAUAAAAACAUCAACAAGACAGACCUAUUUCCUGCCUGUUAUUGGACUAGUUGAUGCAGAACGUCUAAAACCUGGUGACUUGGUUGGUGUAAAUAAGGACUCUUACCUAAUUCUUGAGACAUUGCCUGCAGAAUAUGAUGCCAGAGUUAAAGCUAUGGAAGUUGAUGAAAGACCUACAGAACAGUACUCUGAUAUAGGAGGACUUGACAAACAGAUUCAAGAGUUAAUUGAAGCGGUGGUACUGCCAAUGACACACAAGGAAAGGUUUGAGAACCUUGGGAUACAGCCUCCGAAAGGCGUUCUGUUAUAUGGUCCACCUGGAACAGGUAAGACACUGUUGGCACGAGCUUGUGCUGCACAGACAAAAUCAACAUUCUUGAAGCUUGCUGGACCACAGCUUGUACAGAUGUUCAUUGGAGAUGGUGCUAAACUUGUACGUGAUGCAUUUGCCCUUGCCAAAGAGAAGGCACCAGCAAUAAUAUUUAUUGAUGAAUUGGAUGCUAUUGGCACAAAAAGAUUUGAUUCAGAAAAGGCUGGUGAUAGAGAAGUACAAAGAACUAUGCUGGAAUUGUUGAACCAGCUUGAUGGAUUCAGUUCUACUGCAGACAUUAAGGUUAUUGCUGCUACCAAUCGUGUAGACAUUUUGGAUCCUGCACUUCUGCGAUCUGGUCGGUUAGAUAGGAAAAUAGAAUUUCCACAUCCAAAUGAAGAAGCCAGGGCUCGAAUUAUGCAGAUACACUCUCGUAAGAUGAAUGUCAGUAAAGAUGUAAAUUUUGAGGAGUUGUCACGCUCGACUGAUGAUUUCAAUGGAGCACAGUGCAAAGCGGUUUGUGUUGAAGCUGGAAUGAUUGCAUUGAGAAGGAAUGCACUGACUGUCACUCACGAAGACUUCAUGGAUGCUAUACUGGAAGUCCAAGCCAAGAAGAAAGCUAAUCUUAAUUACUAUGCGUAAAUGUUUUGUGUUUCACAUUAAUCUGAGACACUAAUGUAUGAACAGUUUACUGUGGUAAAUAAAUUAUGUAAUUCUGUAGUAGUAUGAA